AUUCUAAAAAAUACUAAAGACGCUGAGACUUAACCUUAGUGGUAUUUAUUUUCUAAGGCUAAUUUGUACCUAUUUUUUCUUUGGGAUCUAGUCAAUUAUUUCAGUUCCUUUUUCCGAAAUAUCUAUCAGAAUAAAGCAACGAAAUAGCAUUGAGUACCACCUAUUUUUAAGUGAUAUUUUAGUACAAACUAUGAAAAUGGCGGGCUUGGAGUCGAUGGUUGUUGAAGAAGUGAAAACUGUCGAAAAACCAGUAGACAGAGAAAAGACUUGUCCUCUUUUACUCCGUGUGUUUUGUUCUACUGGUCGCCAUAAUUCCCCGGGGGAUUAUGCACGGGGAAAUGUGCCUCAAAAUGAGCUACAAAUAUACACGUGGAUGGAUGCAACCUUGCGUGAACUGACAGGGCUUGUGAAAGAAGUGAACCCUGAAACCAGACGUAAGGGAACAUACUUUGAUUUUGCGAUUGUAUAUCCAGAUUUGCGAUCACCAACAUAUCGCAUGAGAGAAAUAGGAGUGACUUGUUCUGGACAAAGAGGUGGUGAUGACAAUAAGACACUAGCACAAGUGAAGUUUGAGAUUGGUUAUUAUUUAGAUAUUUCCAUAACUCCACCCAAUAGAAUGCCACCCCCCAUGCGGCGCCCACAACCUUACAUGAAUAACAGACCCUAUUAAAAUAUUUUUAUUGUUAUGUUUCAACAACGAAAGAUAACAACAAUAUUGUUGGUAUUUCUCUUUUGUAAACAGUAGUCUGAUAUCAAUUAUUUGGAUCAUCAUUGCAUAUAUCAUGAAGAAAUAAUAUUAACUGAAAAUUAUACAAUUUUAACAACAACACUAAGGGCUGUCUUCAAUAGCUCCAAAAAUUUUAUGAAUCUGUCGCAUGUUCUCUUUUGAUAUGUCUGAUGACAUUUCAUCUUUGUAUAGUCAUUCAACAGAAAAGUCAACCCUAAAUGAGUGGAGUGGGUGUGAUCUUUACUGUAAUGCUGUGCAAUUGUAAAUAGCAAUUGAUAUUUUAAGAUACAUACAAAAUAGUUGUAUACAUUUAUUAUGAAUACAUAAAAAAGAGAUUUAAAUGCAUUUUUGUUUUUUAAUAAUCUUGAUGUUUUAUAUUUAGUUUCUAAUAUACUCAUAUAUGUAGCUUGUAAUAUUGUAGUGAAAUCAGUUAAUCAUCCCCUUUACUGAAUUCACUGUACUAUAUUCACACUAUUACUUAGAUCAUGAAAAGGGAAAAAGGGAUGAUGGGGAAGGGGAACCCAUAUAGUUUUGCUGUACAUUUGUCCAUCCAUAUCCUCAACCGUAAUUUCAAUUGGCGUAAGGGACAAACCAUUACUUUUCAGAAGAAGCACAUAUUUAUUUUCAUUUUAAAUAGCUGAACUUUUUAUAUUGUAUGCCUAUUUUAAUCAUGUCAAAGGAAAGUAUACAUAAAUUUCAGAGUUCCUUAACCUGUAAUUAUUGAAAUUAAAUAAAGUUCCUUACAACCACCUCAUUUAAACCACUUCUGUCCCAUACAGCUCG